UUGAAGCUCUCCCUUUAAGAGGCAGCCUGCAAUGACGAGGGAUGAAAUUGCCAUUGCAGGAUGGCAUGCCGCUAUAAAUUCAUUGUUCCACCUCCUCGCAUCUUCACAGCUCUCGCCCGUCUCCUCUUGUUCGCAUCGGCAGACUGGGGAUAACUCCGACGGGGACGGGGACGAGAGCAGGAGCAGGAGCAGGAGCAGCAUCCCUUGAGCUCCGGCGGAGGGGAGACUUGGCCGGGAACUUUCCCCCCGAAGGCGCGCCUCGCUUGCCUUGCUCUCUUGCUCGCUCUCGAACGGAAACCACCUCAGAGGCCAGGAGGGGAGGGAGAACUCGGCGCGGUCCGGGGCUUCUCGGAGAGAAAAGGGGAAGCGCUGCAACUUCUCGGAUGCCGCUGAGCUGAGGAGGGAGCCGCGGAGAGGGAGACGCCAAGGCGGGACGCCGUUGUCACCCGCGGCUCGUAGGGCUCGCUUCUCCGGCGGCGGCGGCAGGGGCAGGGCCAAAGGGCAGGGGAGUCUCGCACCAUGCUGCCCGCGUUGGCCUCCUGGCUUUUGCCACUGGCCGCAAGCCUUCACGCCGCCGCCGGAGUGCCGCCGCCACCUGCCCCUGGCGGGGAUCGGGAGAGCGGCGUGGUGGAGAGCGUGGACCGGACCUACGCGGGCGGCGGCAAGGUGGGCUACCUGCUCUACGCGGGCGGGCAGCGCUUCCUGCUGGACCUGGAGCGGGGCGCGGGCGCGGGGCGCUGCUUCUACCGGGGCACCGUGGACGGCAGCCCCCGCUCCCUGGCCCUCUUCGACCUCUGCGGCGGCUUGGACGGCUACUUCGCGGUCAGGGACGCCCGCUACACCAUCAAGCCCUGGCUGCGUCCGCGGGAGCCCGCCGAGGAGCGCGUCUACGGCGACGACUCCGCCCGGGUGCUGCACCUUUACUUCAGGGACCCUUUCCGCUUCCAGGCGCUGCCUGCCCGGCCCAGCUGCGACACCCAAGAACCGGAAGAACCGUUGGCGGCGUUCGGCCCGGCCAGCAGGGCGGCGCUCCCUCCGCGGCGUCGGCGUCGGCGGCGCUCCAUCUCGCGGGCGCGGCAGGUGGAGCUCCUCCUGGUUGCAGACCCCUCCAUGGGCCACAAGUACGGGCAGGGCCUCCAGCACUACCUGCUGACCCUCGCCGGCAUCGCCUCCCGCCUCUACGGCCACGCCAGCAUCGAGAACCCCAUCCGGCUGGCGGUGGUCAAGGUGGUGGUGCUGGGGGACAAGGAGAAGGGCCUGGAGGUCAACAAGAACGCCGCCACCACCCUCAAGAACUUCUGCAAGUGGCAGCACCAGCACAACCAGCUGGACGACCAGCACCAGGAGCAUUACGACGCCGCCAUCCUCUUCACCCGAGAGGAUUUAUGUGGGCAUCAUUCAUGUGAUACUCUGGGAAUGGCUGACGUUGGAACCAUAUGCUCUCCUGAGCGCAGCUGUGCAGUGAUUGAAGAUGACGGCCUCCAUGCGGCUUUUACAGUGGCUCACGAAAUUGGGCAUCUCCUUGGACUUUCCCAUGACGAUUCCAAAUUCUGCGAAGAGAACUUUGGUUCCAUGGAAGACAAGAGACUUAUGUCUUCCAUUUUAACAAGCAUUGAUGCUUCCAAACCAUGGUCCAAAUGCACAUCAGCAACAAUAACAGAAUUUCUGGAUGAUGGCCAUGGUAACUGUUUACUGGAUCAGCCACGAAAGCAGAUCUUGGGCCCCGAGGAACUUCCAGGACAAACAUAUGAUGCCAUUCGUCAAUGCAAACUGGCAUUCGGAUCUGAAUACACAGUGUGUCCUGGAAUGGACGUGUGCUCUCGUCUGUGGUGUGCAGUUGUUCGCCAAGGUCAGAUGGUGUGUUUGACCAAAAAACUCCCUGCAGUGGAGGGGACACCCUGUGGAAAAGGAAGAAUCUGCCUUCAGGGAAAAUGUGUUGACAAAACAAAGAAAAAAUAUUAUUCGGCUUCAAACCAUGGGAAUUGGGGGUCCUGGGGGCCAUGGGGCCAAUGCUCCCGUACAUGUGGUGGCGGCGUUCAGUUUGCCUAUCGUCACUGCAAUAACCCAGCACCUAGAAACAACGGUCGGUAUUGCACUGGAAAGCGGGCCAUCUAUCGCUCCUGUAAUGUCAUGCCUUGCCCUGCAAAUGCUAAAGCUUUUCGGCAGGAACAGUGUGAAGCAAGGAAUGGCUAUCAGUCAGAUGCAAAAGGUGUCAAAACCUUUGUAGAAUGGGUCCCCAAAUAUGCAGGAGUGCUCCCAGGAGAUGUCUGCAAACUCACUUGUCGAGCCAAAGGAACUGGCUACUAUGUAGUUUUCUCUCAAAAGGUAACUGAUGGAACUGAAUGUAGACCAUACAGUAAUUCAGUCUGUGUUCGUGGCAAAUGUGUGAGAACAGGAUGCGAUGGAAUUAUAGGCUCAAAACUCCAGUUUGAUAAAUGUGGGAUCUGUGGUGGAGACAAUUCUAGCUGCACAAAAGUUAUGGGAACAUUCAAUAAAAAGAGUAAGGGCUACACAGAUAUUGUGAAAAUACCAGAAGGAGCAACCCACAUCAAAAUACGUCAGUUCAAAGCUAAAGAUCAGACAAGGUUCACAGCUUACUUGGCCCUGAAAAAGAGAAAUGGUGAGUACCUUGUCAAUGGGAAAUACAUGAUCUCAACCUCAGAAACCAUCAUUGACCUCAAUGGAACUGUCAUGAACUACAGUGGCUGGAGUCACAAAGAUGAUUCCCUGCAUGCGAUGGGACAUACAGGCACAAAGGAGAUCCUUAUAGUGCAGAUUCUUGCAACGGAUCCAACAAAACCAGUGGAUGUACGCUAUAGUUUCUACGUGCCAAAGAAACCAACGCAAAUAACAAACUCUGUUACAAGCAACAGCAGCAACAACAAAUUGACAGCUCCACUCACGCAGCCCCAGUGGGUGACUGGACCAUGGCUUUCUUGUUCUCGAACGUGUGAUACAGGCUGGCACACAAGAACUGUACAGUGUAAAGAUGGAAAUGAGAAAUUAGCAAAAGGAUGUCCUCUAUCUCAAAGACCUUCAGCAUUUAAGCAGUGCUUGCUCAAAAAAUGUUAACCUGUGGUUAUGGGCUUCUUCAAAAGGAGUCUCAUUAAGUCAUAUUUGACACAUUGACGUAAGAUCUACCGGGGUGCGGAGAAAAAUGAACACUUCAGGAUACUUUCAUAUCGUCUGAAAUUAUGGGCAGAAUCUGCCUAUUUGGACCAAAUGAAAAUAUGCACUGCUCUGGGGAUCUUAAUAUGUCAAAUGCACUAAGCAUUAGUUGUUAUAAAGCCCUUUGUAUCUGCAAAUAAGAAGAGGAUAAACCAGUGAAUGGGUGAUCAUGAGAUAUCUGAAGGUUACAGAAUCAUCUCCCCUUUUUCACCUACCUCUAACUCAAUACAUCCUUAGACAACUUGUCAUACCACAACAGCUUCUUUUUAUACUAUUUGUAAAUAAUUUCACUUUGGUAUGUCACUUUAUGUCACUUGCUGUUCUUGUGAAAGGACAACAGCUUUUCUAUUUGACAAAAAUGAUUGACCAAAGUGUGUCUCUAGCCAUUUUGGGUUCCUUCAGGUUUUUAAAGAAAUGGCUGUGGAUACUUUACUGAAAAAUUAAGAGCUUGCUGCUUUUAAAAAUACAUUUUUGACAACAGGAAAUACAUUUCCAUUCUAAAAAUUUCCUGACAACAAAGUUUUGUUCUAGCUUAAUGCCUUUCUAAUGAAACAGAUUCAUACAAAUACACCUCUGCAGCAAUAAAACAGCUGCUUAAAUAUAUCUUUAAAAUAAACAAAAAGUAAGAGGGAUACUUUUUCUGGAUUAACAAUUAAGAUAACAAGAACAAUGAAAAUGACAAAAGACUCAAUUGUGUAGAACAGGAGUUGGAACUGUUCAGCCCUCAAGAGAUUGAUGGACUUCAUCUCCUAGCAUAUCUCACAAUGGAUUGUUAUUGUUAGGGUUGCUGGGAUCUCCAGUCAACCCAUAUCUGGAGCUGCACAAUUCCCAUCUUUGGUGCAGGAGGUAGACAAAUGGAGAAGAGACUAUUGGGAGGGUAGUCAGUAUAGGAAAUGUUAGAAGCAACAUUUCUUGGGAAUAAUUCAUCAAGACUGUAUCAAGAGUUGGAAGUCCAGACAGGUGUCCUUUUCUCUAUGUCUCUUUCUCCUAGUUCUCCCAACUCAGCAGGCUGCCAGGAAAGAUAUCGCUCUCAUAAGUCUGCAUAAGGCCCUUGGGGCCACAGGUUAACCAGUCCUGAAAGAGGUGCUGGCUCAUGUCUUAACCAUCUUCAGACUCAGAUAAUCUGAAACUUAUUCAUACAUUGUUUUAGUUUCACCAAGGCUUCCAGAAAUCUAACAUAUAAUGAAUUUGUUACCUACUGAAAAUCUAUGAUGAUGUUUAAAAACACACGGUAGGUCUUGCAGAUAGCAAUAUUUUAUACAAUCAUUUUAAUUCUGGAACUAUAUAUUCCCACUCAGCUACCUAGUCCAGAGAUAUGCACAUGAUCAGAUAUGAACAGAGAUCUUUUAAUUGCCCACAAAACUCAGAUAUCAAUAAACAGUGCAUUGCUAAGAGCACUCAUGCACAUUAUUUGCUGUUGCUGUGGAUAUUUUAGUUUGAAAUUGUUUUCAACAAAUGGAAUAUUUUAUUUUUGAACACUUUGCUUAUUUUUGUAGAUUAAGAAUGCAGUUCUGUACCCACUCUCUUGGGAGUAAGCACUAUUGAAGGCACUAUUAAAGUCAAUGGGAUUUACUUUAGAGUAGUCAUAAAAAUGAUUAAAUAGCUUCAUAAGAGCCACAGGAAAUUCAAGUCACAUUUUGAUAUCAUUGUAGCCAGUAUUAAGUAUUUCCACAGUGCAAAGUAUUUUUUUUCCAAUCGUAGAAAAAUAUUUUUCAUUUUAGAAAGGUAACGUAAAUACCUCAUCUGAAAUCUAGUGAAAUCAAUUUACUUUUGGAACAUAUUUAUAUAUUAUGAAUGAAAAUAUUAAAUAUGGAGAUAUAAUAGAAAUGAAUAUAGAUAGCACUUCUGUUCUCAGUGCCUUACAUAAUUAUUAUAAGUAUAGACAAUUCUAAUUUUGUAAAUUUCUAUUGAAAUUCUUCAAUCCACUUUAAUGGAUAAGGGUUAUAUCAAAAAUAAUUUUCAUUAGAAUUUUGAUCUAAAAUCUUUGCACAUGUAUGUGUGGCUCCAGAACCAAGUUCUGAUGUUGAUCAGAAAUUGUGAUCAAGAUGCAUAAUUCUAUGCAUAACAUUUCUGUUGUUAUGCCGAAAAAAUUGAGGAAAAUAGUUCCAGUGUUAAACCACUCCAUUUAUAUAAACCUUGUUGACUUGCAUGAGGAGAACACUAUGUGAACCUAAAUAAUUAGAUAGUUGCAUAGUAUGAACACUACAAUUCAGUAGAAUUACCAUGUCACAGUUUCACUUCUGUUCUUGACUAGUACUAUAACUUUGUAAAAGCUACUCUUCCAUGAUGACUGGUAGCUGUUCUUUCACACCACCAGAUUAUCACCAGUUAAAGAAUAUGGGUGCACUUAUUAGAUACACCAACAUAGAGAUUGGACUAGUGGACAUUUAUUUUUAAUCAUUUAAGCAAAAACAUUUUUCUGCAAUGCAGUUCUAACCAUGUGCAAUUAUAUAUGAUUAGUUGCGGCAGAAUGGAAUUUAGAUAAAGAGCUAUGCACUAUGAGUGAAUAGUAUCUUCACCUGUAUUGGGAGCGGUCAAAUUUGGUGGGCUACAAGCUAUUUUUUCACCACUAGCUACCAUACCCAGUCCAUAGAUGCAAGAAAAGAAUAGGUCCUUGCUUUGAUGGGGGGGGGGGUGUCCCGCCUGCCUUGCCCUACCACCAAUUCUGAUCCAUUGUACCUCAAAGCAGGUCCUGCAAUGGGCAUAAAGGAGCCCACAUUUUGGAGACACUUCCAGGACCCCAACUAUUUUAAUCCAGAUUUAGACUGUAUAUCCUAAACCCCAUGCAAAAACACCAGGUGCUUAGAGGUUUUUCUUUUAAGUUUUUAUAAUAUCCUGGGCUCUGAGAGUUGGGGAAAAACUGCCCUAUAGCGUUAUAAUAUUUUUAUAUAAUUAAAUGUUUUCUGGAUUGCAACAUUAUGUGUGAUAUCUGCACUGUCAAAUCUUUCUAUGAUUGUGGAAUUCAGAGAAACGGUAAUUUACUAACAUUUUUUUGAGUAAUACCCAUUCCCACUUUUGAAGGUUCUUAGAUUAAUAUUUUUCAGCUUUUCUCUGACAAAGAAGGAGGAUGUCAAAAGAACAAAACAGAAGACAGGUUUCAAGAUGGUGUCCAUUUUUACUGCUUAUUCUGUCAAUAUUAUUUCAGACUACAUCUUAUUCAGCACCAUCUUAAGGCUUUCCCCCCUUUUUCCUUUUAGUAUAUACUUAUAUUCUCAUGAAGAGAAUCUGGAAGGUGCUCGAAAUAUAUGAUGUAGAAUCAGUGAAUCACUUUUCCUAUACACUUUUGACACAGUCGUGGGAAGCUUUGGAUUGAACAUAGUCCACUUGGGAGCAGGAAAGAGAGAAUUCAGAGCGCUACUGGAGUUGAUAGGCUAAGCAAAUUGGUGGCACGGAGGUCUAAUUUACAUGGCCCAAAGAAGUUAGACUCAGAUUUUAUAAAAGCAUGAAAAUAAUGUGAAUUUUAGUUUUCUAACUGUAGCAUGAUAAUUUGAUGGGAAUGACAUGUGGUAGUCAUGGUUAAUUUUUGCAAAAAAAAAUUGAAGGAGGUAUAUUUGUUUCUACAUCCUGCUGUAUCACUACUACUUUGUUAUACCUCCAUAUUUCUUUAUGUGUUCAUUCAAAUGAGAAACUAGUCCCAGUGGUGUCACUUUAUACUUUCGUUCUCUAAAUGAAGUUAAUCCCAAUUAUUUGGGAUGUACUCGGUGCCUAGAUAUUUUCAUUGUAACUCCUAGAAAAAUGAAAGUCUACUGAAAUCCCAACUAGUUUCAUGGCUCUGGGCGGCUCUGCAAUUAGUACUGCCAUGCCAACUAGCCUAUCCAUUGAUUUGGCAAAACAUUUUCAAAUUGCCCUGGAAAAACAAGUUGUAAUGUUCAAUAGCCAGUGUAGUGUAAUGUUUUGAGUGCUGGACCUGAUCUCAGAAGACCAGUAUUCAAAUUCCCUCAGCCAUGGAAACUCACUGGGUCGCCUUGGGCAAAUCACACUCAGCCCCAGAGGAAAGUAAUGACAAACCCUUCUGAUGAAAUCUUGCCAAGAAAACCCAUGAUAGCUUUGCCUUAGGGUCACUAUAGCUCAGAAGUGAAAGUAUACAGCAACAACAAUCAUCCAUGCUACAUGAUACUGUAUGGUACACAUACAUGAUAGUAGCUUGUAAAAAAUCUUUUGAGCAAGGCUAGACAGUUUAUUCCCCACAGAAAUUGUUUAUUCCAUGGAAAGAAAGUGGCAAGAAGAUACUGGCAACUGGUCACCCAUGUAAAAAUAGUAAUUUUCUUAUAAAAUUACAUAUGAAAAUAAAGCAACGUAGCACUGAAAAAUAAAUAAUUUAUUGUUUUUACAAAUUCGUAUGUGAAUGAUGUAAUGGAUUUAUUUAUUAUUUAACGUGAAAUGCCAAUUGUGAAAAUUCUUCUAUAUUUAAAUUGUUUCACUAUCACUUCUUUGUCUGACUUUCUCUCCUACUUUUCUUUAUUUAAUUUAUGCCUUUAUAUUUUAAUGGAAAGUACUAUGUGAAUUUAUCAACACACAGCACUGGUUGCUUUUAUGUUGUUGUUUUUUUUUUAAUGGAAUGUGUGUGUGUGUGUGUGUGUGUGUGAAUGUGAUACAUGCUGAUGUGAGUAUGGUCAAUGGUAUAAAUAAAAUAUUUGGGUGUA